AUGGAUGUCACAAAUCGCGACCAGACUAGUUGGUCCCUGGUUUACUUUGGAGAACCGGCUGAACCGGUCACUCAUGGGAUUACAAAACACGGCUUUCCCUUCCUGUCUCUUCCCGAGUUAGGUUUUCCUCUAUGCUCUUCAUUCAGGCCAUUCGUUAGUUCCAAACCGUUGAUUAAACGGAAGCUAAUUUCAGCUGUCUUGACUGUGAUUCUUCUAU